AUGGUCUCUCAAAUUUCCAUAAACUCAUUCUAUGUUGAGAGGUAUUCUUCUGACUUUUAUCAAGUCCCCAAUACAAUUUCCCUGGGGGCCCUGCGCAUGAACAUCCAGCAAUGUAUCAAGCAGAAAUUUCAGCGCGAAUGGUAUGAAGACCAAGUCCACUCUGAUCCUACAUCAAUUAUCUUAUCUUCAAACACACAUGGCUCCACCUUACUAGACAACAAUGCUACAAUCCUUGGCGAUCUAUGUGGACUGAUGGACCACAUACAUGCAAUUGUUCCUUCACAACAGCUUGACAGUUCCAAUGCUCCCUCGCAGCAUGUGGCAUUGACGCCCGAUAGCAUGAGCAGUCCUGACUACAACAGGACUCAGGAGCUGCUAUUGCUAAUAUGUACACUCGAUCAGAAUUUGGUAGAAGUGAGGCGAGCACAAGAGGAGGAUAAGCGGGCACAAUCAGCGCAGGAUGAUGAACUCACCACAUUAAAGGCAUCAAUGGAUGCUAUCAUUAAAAACCAGCAACAAGUAUCUGAAGAUAUGAGGGUAUGGAACCGCGACCAUGCAGAUGACAUCCGUCAGCAGAAGAUGAUACAGCAAAACUUGAAGGACAACCAGGAGCAUCUAAGCCACCUUCAGGAAGCUCAUGCCCACAAUGAGCAAGUUCGGAUCUACAGCGACCAACAGAUCAAAAUAUUGGAGGAUGGACGACGGGAGGAUGGUAUCCGUAUCAGAACACUGGAAAAUUCCCUUGCUGUGGAAGGGACACGGAUCAAACAGUUGGAGAGUUCGAUCGAAAACUCAAAGAAACAGUGUGAGGUACAGAUGAAGGUGAUACAUGAGGAGGCAGAGGUGAAGUUGAAGGACGUAGAAGCAAAGUGCAAGGACGUGGAGGCGAUGAAUGAGGCAGGGAAGAGGCUGUGGGAGGUAGAGAAGAAGGCAUGGGAGGUGGAGAGGUCGUCAAUGGCUGAUCAGAUUGAAGAGGUUGAGGAUAUGACCAUUGCAACCAUUGGUUGGGUUUGUGGCGCGGACACCAAACUAAUCGAUUGCAUCCUACUCUGGCAUCUCCUCGACCUUACUCAAGCCAAACUUGCCAAACUUGUACGAUUGAGUGCGCCUCCAGGCACCAACCGUGCUACACAAUCAAUCUUGUGGCGAGAUGCACUUGGAACUACCCAUCUCGACAGUGCUACUGUUCAAUUCAUGGCUGAUGCAAAAGGGAUGGAUCUCGCCAUCCAAAAAUCAUCUGCAAUUCAAGAAACAGGUGACCUUGUGGCCCACCCGAAGCCAGGAGCCAUUUGUCAAGAAGCAUUCAUACAAAGCAUUUCACGCCACAAUGUUACUGAGGAGCGUCCAGGUCUUUUAGUGAUGGUUAAAUUUGUUAUGAUUGGCACAGUUCGCUUAUAG